GAAGGCUGGCAGUCCGUAACUCACGCAGCUGGAGGAGAGACGUAGAGACUGGCGCAGGGAGACAAACAGACAGACAGACAGACAGACAGGGAGGAGAUUUUAAGACCAAUAGGAUUUUGAAAGCUGGCGGAAGAAGCAGCGCCUCCUUCAGUAUGCAGGCGCCCUUCCUUCUCACCCUCAUUGCCCUCCUGGCGGGGAGUUCGGCGGGCGUCCUGGAUUCCCCCUCAGAACUUGAGACAGAGGCCCCAAGGCCUGGGAGCGAGGACCUCAGGGAUACAGUCGCGUCACUCCUGCAGGGGAUGGCUGACGACGGGAGUGUGAUGGCCAAGCUGAGGUCUGGUCUCCUGCCGGUCGUCAUAAAGAGUCUCCCGGAUCCUAAAGGCGUGGCGGCGUCCUUGGGUCUUCACGAGGACUUCCUGAAGCCCGUGCGGAGGAUUCUGGAAGGGAUGAAGGACCUGCAGAAGUCGCCGAAGGGGAAGGAUGAGGCGUCCCAGAAUGCAAUUGAUGGGGGUGUUAAUGAUAAGUUCCUGGGAGUGGUGAGGGAUGCCCUGCGGGAGGAGCUGGGUGGCCUGCAGGUGCUGUCUAGCCUGGAGGGCGCUGCGGGGCAGGAGAGCGCUGUGGGGCUUCCUGAGGCGCUGAGCCAGACGUCCGCCAGCGUGUGGAUGCUGAUCAAGACCACGUGGGCGCGCGUGCUGUCCUACGUGAGGGAGGAGCACGCCCUGGAGUCCUUCCUGCAGCUGACGCCCGUCAGGAUCCUGGACCGCGCCAUCAGUCUGGGAGACGACCUCAGCCUCAUUUCCUUCCUGGCCAAGAAGCUGGACCAGGACUUCGCCGAGUACAUCUCGCGCACCGUCACGCCGCACCUCGGGCCGCUCAGGGACCUGGACACCUUCUACAACUUCACGCGGCAGCAGGGCGCAGGCGGCCUUCUGGACUACCUCAACUCGCCGCGCCUCCGCAACACGAUGGCCGCCAUGGCGCGCUUCGUCAACGCCUACUUCGACGACUCCUUCGACGACCGCGUGGCGGACGAGUACAUCUCCUUCAUCUCCUUCAACAACCCCGAGCUGCGGGACUUCUACAGGUCGCUGCUGCAGGGCGGCGCCGAGCAGGCCGGCAGGGGCAGGGAGAAGAGGGACGAGUUCAACAGACGCGCCGCGGCCUACAAGUUCAACGGCUACGACUUCCAGGCAGACCCCGCCCAGGAGACCAGCCGCCAGCUGCACCGGGACGGUGGCGGCUAUGGCGGCGGCGGCCACAGCGAUGGAUACGGCGGCGGCGGCCACGGUGACGGGUAUGGUGGCGGCGACAGUUAUGGUGGCGGCCACAGCGACGGCUAUGGCGGUGGCGGCUACGGCAGCAGUCACGGCAGCAGCGGGUAUGGAGGCGGGUACGGCGGCGGCUAUGGCGGCCACAGCACCAUGAUGAUCGACCCCGCCGUGGUGCUGAGCUCCGUGGCGCUGGGCGCGCUGCUGGGCUUCCUGCUCUUCAGGCUCAUCAGGGGCACGGCGCGGGGCAGGAGAGACAUCGGCGACGGCUCGCUCUCCCUCUGGCAGUCCGAUCUUCCCUUCGGCGGCGGCGAUGCUGCCCGCGCCGUGCGUGCAAUGCGGUCAGCCCGCGCCGCACCUGCAGGCCACGAGGGUCUGGCGCUGGACCCCGCCCUCCGCGGUGACGUGUGGUCGUCGGCGCCGCUGGUGGACGGUGAGACCCUCGACGGGCCUACCGCUGGACGAGGACGACGUGGCGGACCACCUCAACCAGCUGUGGCGGGCACACCGCGGCAACGACUCGUCCACCUGCGUGAGGAGCCGCCUAUGCAGCCAGCUGGUGGGGCCCGGGGCCGCGCACGCCGGCCUGGCGCUGCUGCUGUCCUCCACCGGCGGCCUGCUGGGUGUGGCGGAGUCAGGCCAGCUGCUGGACGACGUGGCAGGCAACCUGGCGAGCGGCCACACUUACUCCUGCCCCGCGCCGCCCACCGCCUGCUUCGCGCCCUUGUAACACCGCUCACCACCCUCCCCACCCUCAACACCCACCCACCCACCCACACACAUCCACCCCAACCAACAGCAUCCCCUCACACACACACACACACACACACACACACACACACACACACACACACACACACAAACAAACAACAUCACCCCGUCGCACACACACACACACACACACACACACACACACACCCUGAGCGGCAGGCCACAAGUCUCCACGCCACAGCCAACAAACCUCGAACCACAGACAAGUGGCGGGUGGGAGUGUGGAGGUGGUCUACCGCGGCACCUGUCCCACCCCUCCCCCACCCCUCCCUCACCUCCCCAGCGUGUUCCCCCGUCACAGGCAGCCGCUCACCUGGACAAUCAUGAUGGCGUGAGGGACUCGGAACAUACCUUGCUAUUUAUUCACCUAUUUAUUUUAGUAGUAAUUGAUGCUAAUGUGUAGUGUACCUGUGUCUCGGUGUUUACACUUACACACACACACACACACACACACACACACACACACACACACACACACACGUACAAAUGUUGUGUUCAUGUGUACCUAUAUUUUUGUUUGUAAAAGAAUGAAAAUAAA